AAUCAUAAAAUUAUUGCUGAAAUGACAUCUCUUUAUCGAUAUUAUCUGUAAAGAAUUCUAUAAUCUUUUUUAUUAAAAUACUAUACUAUCGGACUUUUGCGAACUUGAUAAGAACGUUGAGAAGGUAAUAAUACCAAGGUUUUGAGAAUUGAUUAUAUAUCUAUAUAAGUUCCAUAGGCUAUAUUAAGUUCUUUAUCAUCUUUUAUCAUGAUAAUAUUAAGUUGUUCAUUAAAGGAUUGCAAGAAUCAAGAGUCAAUCGUCUAUAGCAAUCGACAUUAAUUUAAGCAUUUUACCGCGUUGAAAUUUUAAAUAAAAGAAGUUUGCAAUCUCGUAAAAAAGAUAGUGGUGCAUCGAGAAAAAAACUUAAUCAUUUCAAAUGUGAUGAAUCUUACAACGUAAUAUUAUAAUUUUUAUAAAAUUUUGUAAAUAUUUAAUCAAUUUUUCUAUACUUUUUUAAACAAAAAGUGCGCUUGAUCGAACGUUUUACAUAUAUCAUCCCUGAUUACGAAUAUGGGCGAGGCUUCUUCGAUAUUCACCGAACAUAGAAUCAUUAGAAUAAGUCCUGACAAUGUCCCAUCGAACAGCCAAUAUCCGAGGAAUCAUAUCGUUUCACAUAAAUACACCUUGUGGAAUUUCAUCCCUAAAAAUCUAUUCGAACAGUUUCGGCGAAUAGCAAAUUUCUAUUUUCUUCUUAAUACAAUAGUAGCAUUAUCGAUAGAAUCUCCAAUUUUACCAGUGACCAGCUCAUUGCCUUUAACGUUCGUCAUUUUGGUGACUGCUUGCAAACAGGGAUACGAAGAUUAUCUACGAUAUAGGGUAGAUAAAAGCAUUAAUAAAAGAUAUGUAACAGUUAUUCGCAACAAAUGUGCACAGGAAAUUCAUUGUGAACAAAUAGUCGUAGGAGAUAUAGUGAAGGUAAGACGAGACGAAGAUGUUCCCUGUGAUCUUCUUCUUUUACACAGCGACGAAAGUUCUGGUUAUUGUUUUGUUACUACGUCAAAUCUUGAUGGAGAAACAAAUUUAAAGUCGUUACACGUACCGAAAAUCAUAUCCAAGAUGUCCCUGCAAGAGAUCGUAUCGAUGCAAGCGACUGUAACGUGUCAAGCUCCAAUGCCAGAUCUUUAUAGUUUUAAUGGAAAAAUAGAAAUAAAAAAUAAUUCGAACGAAGUGACGACGAGUGGAUUUUUAACGAUAGAUAAUAUGUUGCUUCGUGGAGCAAUAUUAAAAGACAUCGAUAGCGUGAUUGGUUGUGUCAUUUACACCGGUAAAGAUACAAAGUUAUCGUUAAAUUCGAAAACGGUACCGAAUAAAUUUUCAACGGUAGAAAGAUCCAUCAAUAAAUACCUUACUGUUUUUAUCAUACUCCUGCUGUUUGAAAUAAUUAUUUCAACGAUUUUCAAAUUCAUAAUAGAAUCAAAUUCAACGUGGGACGUCUAUUUGGGGGAGAAAAGUUCCACAACCCCGUUGUCUCUUUUUAUAGAUUUACUCAGUUUUACCAUUCUAUAUAAUUACAUCGUUCCUAUAUCGUUAUACGUUACGAUCGGUGAGACAUUAUGCACAAUAUUUCAACGUGUUAUGUAUAUUUUCUUUUACAUUGAGAUCUAUGUGCUUUUCAGAAAUACAAAAAUUUCUAGGAUCUGUUUAUUUCAAAUGGGACAUCGAUCUAUACGACGAAGCAUCCGAUCAACCAGCAUUGAGCAACACGUCGGAUUUAAACGAGGAACUUGGCGAUGUUCCAUCAACGGACAAGUAUAUAUAGAAAAAGAUUGUGAUGGAAAUCUUUAUUUAUUACCACCUAACGGGGACGAAAGGGAGGCUGUAAAAUUACAAUCGUGGCAGUCUGAAAUCUGGCACUUCAUGAUGAGUAUUUCUCUUUGCCACGUUGUUCAAAUUGCACCACCAAGUCGGAAGUCAACGAUUAGUAUGCAACGCUUAGAGUAUCGUAAGAGUUUCAGAUUAAAAACGAUUACCAAAGUUAAUAGUUCGUUGCUUAUGCAUCCAGAUCUUCCAGAAUAUCAAUUUAUCGUAUUGCAGGCAACAUCGACGGACGAGAAAGCCUUGGUAGAAGCAAGUGCGAGAUGCGGUGUUAUAUUUCACAAAGACACGAGGGACACAAUGGAAAUUAAAAUAAACAAUAGUAUUCUUAUUUUUACGAAAAUGGACAUAUUAGAAUUCAGUUCUGAAAGAAAAAGAAUGUCGGUAAUAGUUAAGGAUACUGCGGAUGAUUUGUGGUUGUAUUGUAAAGGUGCGGACACAUCGAUAUUACCUUUAAUUAUAGAAGGAGACGUCGAAACAGCAGCUGCUCAUGUAGAAGAUUUCUCUAUGAGAGGAUUGCGUACCUUGGUAGUGGCUUAUAAAAAAUUAACCCAAAGAGAUUAUACACGGUUAAUACGUAAUAUCGAAGUUGCAAGACAAGUCAUCGGACAGGAUCGAGAAACGUCCAUACAAUGCGCCUACGAAGAAAUGGAAAGUGGUCUAACUUUACUUGGAGUAACUGCGGUCGAAGAUCGUCUUCAAGAAGGCGUUGAAGAAACGCUAGAGUGUCUAAAAGUAGCUGGAAUAAAGGUUUGGGUACUUACCGGUGACAAAGCAGAAACAGCAGAAAAUAUAGCUUUCUUGUGCGGUCAUUUUAAAAAGGGUACUGAGAUAUUACGUUUAAUGACACAAACAACGAAGCAAACUUGUUUCGUUACUCUUACCAAUUUCGAGCGUCAAAUGAAAUUGGAACCUCAUAAACAAUAUGGAUUUAUAAUUAAUGGAAGUUGUUUAAGUUUGGUUAUACAAACGUAUCCACAGUUGUUCAAAAAAAUUGCAAUGUCAUGCGAGUCAGUCGUAUGUUGCAGAUUAACGCCUCUCCAAAAAAGCGAGAUCGUACAAAUGAUAAAAAAUACAAAAGGAAUAAUAACCGCGGCGGUAGGUGAUGGCGGGAACGACGUUUCUAUGAUUCAAGAAGCUCAUGUCGGUUUAGGAAUAAUGGGUAGAGAAGGACGUCAGGCAACGAUGUCAUCGGAUUUCGCAUUUACACGAUUUAAACAUCUGAAGAAAGUAUUUCUCGUACACGGACAUUGGUACUAUCGACGAAUUAGCAUUUUAACGCAAUACUUUUUCUAUAAAAAUUUUGUCUUCAUUACUCCACAAGUAUUAUUUGGUAUACACAAUGGUUUUUCUACUCAGGGACUAUAUGACAGUAUGUUUCUGAUGUUAUUCAAUGCAUUAUUUACAUCAGUUCCAAUAGUUUUAUUUGGAUUAUAUGAACAGGACUAUCCUUCCAAUAAACUUUUAAGCAAUCCAUAUUUAUAUAAGCUUCAUAAAAAGAAUUUUUUAUUAUCUUGGAAGCAAUUUAUAUUGUGGUUCACUAUGGGUACAUGGCAAACUUGUAUAAUAUAUUUUGUAAUAUAUUUUUAUGUACAUAAUAAUCCUAUAAUCUUAUAUGAUAAUACGCCAGUAGAACUCUGGUCUUAUAGUACAUGGAUAUUACAUAUGGCUAUAUUUGUCAUUAAUUGUCAGUUAUUAGUAUGCAGUUCAUAUUGGACAGUACCAUUUGUAUUUAUCAUUAUAUUAUCUGAAUUAUUCUUUUAUAUAUUUACGUUUUCAUAUUCUAUGACAAACGUACGAUAUGACGGUGAUAUGCUCUCUGUAUUUCCCAAAUUGCUAUUAUCAAGUACAUUCUGGUUACUUACUUUUGUAAUACUUGUUGUUUCAUUAAUUCCUGGAUAUUUAAUUAAAAUUUAUGAGUCAUAUAGACCAAACAGAAUUCUUCGUAAAAAUGAAGAAACUCCAGAUAUUAUGCAUUUUGUUGAUGGUGAUAAUGAAACAGUUACAUCUUAUUAACUUCAGGAUCAAAACAACAGAAAUAUUUUACCAUAGAAGGGUAAUUUAGAUUUUAAUAGAGACGAAUAAAUCAAAACUAAAUGCAUUAUAAAUGCCAUUACUGUUUUCUUUAUUACAGUAAAAUACUCUGUAAUAUAUUAUUUAUUUUUAACUUCUUUAUAAAUUUACA